GUCAGAUUCAGGAGGACGCCGACGUGAUGCGAGAUCACUGUGGCGCAUCAUGCAACAUUUGCUCAGCCACACCAGCUGAGCCCGGCGGUGUGCUCAAUCAAUGCUAUGCCCCAUGGCAAUGAUGGUCUGCCUUGAGCCUUGCCAACCUUCCAUGUUUCUUUUCCCUCACUUAAAAUUCGAAUUAAUAGUAUCCUUCGUCUGUCACUCAUCCCGAAGCCUCAAAAAUAUGUACUCCUAGGAGCCGUUUCCUGCAAUGGAUCCCCUCUCGGCGCUCGGCCUUGCCAGUGCAGUUGCACAAUUCCUGGACUUCGGCUCCAAACUGUUCCACGCAACCAAGGAGGUGAUGGACGCCGGGUCCACAGUCACGGUCGCUCGUGUGGGGGAGGCGGCAGGCCAUCUGGCAGAUAUCGGGUGUGGCCUGCAGACACGCUAUCAGACGCUCGAGGCAGCCGAGUUGUCCGAAGAGGAGCUCAGUCUCUAUGGCCUCGCUAGGCAAUGCGAGCUGCUUGCCGCCGAGAUUUCUGACUGUCUAAAAUCGCUCGUUGCCAAGAAGGGCAAGAAUGCAAGAUGGGCCACCUUCCUGGCUGCUCUCUGUUCUGUCUGGCAGAGGGAACAUGUCGAGACGCUGGCCCUCCGGCUUACGGAAUACCGCUCCCAGCUUACCUUGAGGCUGCUCUUGGUACUCAACAGUCACCAUGACGCGCAGAAUAAGAAGCUAGAUCGUCUUCAAGACUCCGGCCGAGAAAUCGUGGAGGUCGUGUCCAUCAGCACGCAGGACAUCGUGAACACGAUUCACCAGAAACACGAAGAGACCAUGGCGGCCAUCUUCACCGCCCGAAAUGGAACUUCUCAGGCGAUCACUGGCCACCGGACGGGAGCCAAGUUUGUCGAGCAGAUGAGCCGCUCCGAUCUCCUGAAGACCACAACGACGUAUCACCACCAAGAGAACACGAUGACGGGGCCUCUGCUCGACUUCAGCAGGCGGCCCACACCACCCAACUUUAGCAGGAAGCUUCUCGACUCUCUUCAUUUCCGAGAGAUUAGCUACAGGAAAGAGUCCAUCCCACAGACAUACCGUGACACUUUCGAGUGGGUUUGGGCCCCGUCCAACCCUGAAGGCGAGGCACUUUGGGACAACCUCGGCGACUGGCUCAAGCACGGGAACGGCUGCUACUGGCUAUGCGGCAAGGCUGGCUCGGGGAAGUCUUCGCUGAUGAAGUUCCUCCAGCAGGACCGCAGAACUGACGGGUACCUGCAAGAGUGGGUGGCAGAGUCCGCGGGAACCGAGCUCAUCACCGGGUCUUUUUACUUCUGGUACGCGGGCUCCCCGGUCCAGAAAUCCCAGACAGGCCUGCUUCGAAGCCUGCUGUUCUAUUUCCUCUCGUGCAGGCCCGAGAUGUGCCCCGUUCUCUUCCCGGACGUGUGCCGGUCGAUCUUGGCUGGGAAAAUCCUGACGCCCACCGUCGAACUCGACCACUUGGAGAUAAGAGUGGCCUUCUCGAGGCUGGUAGACUCGAUUCCCAAGGACGUCCGGCUCUUCUUCUUUGUAGACGGAUUAGAUGAGUAUUCGGGCGACCACAACGACAUCUGCGACUUGUUCGCUGAGGCAACCAAUGCUCCAUCCAUCAAAAUUCUGGUCUCGAGCCGUCCGAUACAGGCGUGCGUCGCAAAGUUCUCCCACUGCCCUAAACUGCACCUCCAGGACCUUACCCGGGCCGACAUCACCCUCUACGUCAAGGACAAGCUCGAUUCCGACCCGCUCAUGGCCAAGAUGGAGGCAUACCAGAAGGGCUUUACAACACAGAUGAUCGAAAGCGUCACUUCGAAAGCCUGCGGCGUCUUCCUCUGGGUUAUACUUGUCGUGAAGAGACUAAAGGCCCGUCUCCAGGACUACGACUCGGUCGCCGAGCUGGAAGCCGAGAUCGAAAAGCUGCCAUCGGACCUGGAAAAGCUAUACGAACACAUGCUGGGUGCCAUGAGCCAGGAGCACCGCGUGCUGGGUUCCAAGUAUCUCCAACUGGUCCUGCGAAGCAUGGAGAUGGACGUGGAGCUCUAUCUCUUGCAGUUGUCAUUUGCCGAAGACGAAGACUAUUCCGGGUCCCUGACGGCAGCCAUCGAAGCCAUCGAGCCGAAUGCGGAAGUGUGGCGAUGCGAAGCCACCGAAGGCCGGCUCCGGAGCCGCUGUUGCGGACUCAUCGAGACACGAGAACAUCGCUCGUCGUUGGCGUUUUCAGCUUUCAACAAGAAGGUCGAUUUUAUCCACCGAACCGUGACGGAAUUCCUCCGCAUCGGAGUCGUGUGGGACAGGAUACGGGCUUCCUCGGGUCCCCUCUUCCACGCAGACGAGGCACUCGUAUCUUCGGCUCUGAGAGAGAUCAAAGCCCUGCCCUACCCGCAACGAAGUGAAACUGACUGCACAAUGGUCAGUGCACGCAUUGCCCACAUGCUGAGCUACGAGCAGGCGCUGGACCAAACCACGAGAGAAACAUUCCACAAAGCAUAUCUGCCAGAAUUUCUCAGAGUUAUCCGAUUUCACUGGCACGAUCCUGCUCUCUUCAGCUCGUUUACGGAGCAGCUCACGGUUUUCAAUGCAUCUGUCAGCGCUGGGUGUGCCAGAAUGAAGCUGGCGUACCCGGAAUCCUUCAUAUUCGCGUGCUUGAUCCAGAGUCCGGAGCCGGAUCUCCGGAAUCACGUGGAGAUUGCCGAGAUCGAUCACCGCUUCACAGCCUUUCACAUGCUGCUACAUUUUACCGAGGAAACCGAUAUUCGAGUAAGGACAUCGAUGGCGGCCAAUAUCCCCGAUAGCUAUCUGACAAUCCGGGAGUGUAUUUUCUCGAAACGUAACUCGAAGGACCUGGUGAAGAACAGUCGGAAACGACUUGUACAGGGGGAUGGCUACAUCAAUCCGUCGCACGACGCCUUUUGGGGGUAUUUCAUACACUUUCUCGUCACUAUUAUGGAUCAUUCAGGGGAGAAACACGUCGACAGAUCGACGUCGUCUUCGGUCAUCCCCGUCUUGAUUGCUCUGCAAAAAAUACUAGAAGGAGCCACAUUCAGGAUCUUGCCUACGUUGAAGCUCUCAUCGAAGUUCCGACUGACGUCCAAAUCAAAGAGGCUGAACUAUAUUUCUUUGAUUGCGGAGUUCCUCUGGGAGAUCUGGUCCAGGGAGUCCGUCCAAGCGGGCAGGACUAGUGCCCUAGACUCACUCGCUUUGCACUGCUGCGGCAUUGAGACACUCAUCCGGGGGCAAGACGGUUUUGAGUACGAGUUCUGCGAGACUCUUGAAGCCCUCAAGAGCUUGAAACAUCCGAAGAAAAAGGCUUCAUCUCACAUCAAGGCUCUCUUCUCUCGUUUCCAGCGAAAGCUCCAGCGUCCUAAGCACAAGGACGGGGCCCCUAAGACCCCUGAGCACUCGGAUCUACCCGUCGUUCCGUUGACCGACUACUCUUCGUAUGAGUCGCCAUGGCAAAGAUACCAACGAGUCCAAGCGAGGGAAAUUACUCAAGGUUGAGAAUGCAAGC